UGGCGACCUGUGGCUGGGAUAGGCUCCAGCUCCCCGUGACCCUGAUAAGGAUAAACGGAAGAGAAUGGAUGGAUGAUUAAACUCUGCAACUUCCCCUGCAACUUAACAGUUUUAUUCUGUGGACUUACUCUCUGGACACUAUAACUGGACGGUGACCUUGAGAUCCACAUGUGCACUACUCAUCUUAUAUGAAAGAUAAAUCCACACAGACACCUGGAUGUUGGAGUGACGAAACGCGAAAGAAGACCAUUCAAUUUGCUCUGCAUCCUGAGGCAGUGCUGACGAGUUCAAAGAGCAGAGUGCAAAGCUCCAGCACAGCAAAGAAGAACACCUCAGUAAAGGCUGACUCUUCCAAGUACAUUACAGCAUCAGCACUCUGCCCUGACUAUACAGCUUCCCACAGCUUGGCCACAACCAAGACCAAAGCCCAAAACGAACUCAGAGCAACACUGGAAGCUACUCUGAGACAGUUUUCCAUGUCGAAGUCUGCCCAGAUGCCACUGUCCAACAUCACUGUGCCAAAGCCCUCGAUCUCCAGGGUGCCCAGCAGCAUGGAAGGCAUCAACCAUGAGCUGGAGAAGGUCUUCAUUAAAGACAAUGGAGAUAAGGAGGAACUUAAGUCCCUGGAGGUUCCUGAUGGGCGACGAGCACCUUUCCCUCCACAGCAGCGCAGCAGCAGCACCCGCAGUGUGGACACCCAGACCCCCUCAGCUCCUGGCCGGUCCAGCAGCUGCUCUAGCCUGUCACCAUCCCCCUCGCCAGCCUGCCCACUGGGAUCACAUGAUGGCAGUCCUUACUCCACAGAUGAUCUACUAUAUGACCGAGAUAAAGACAAUGGAAGCAGCUCACCGCUGCCAAAGUUUGCCUCCUCACCCAAACCCAACAACAGCUAUAUGUUCAAGCGGGAACCACCAGAGGGCUGUGAGAAGAUUAAAGCUUUUGAGGAAAUGAGCUCCAGGCAGUCCACAUCGGCACCCCUCUUCUCCUGCCCUGACAAAAACAAAGUGAAUUUCAUCCCAACGGGUUCAGCUUUCUGUCCCGUCAAACUCCCUGGCUCUUUACAACUCACCCUUGCGUCAGAGCCCGAGGAAGACGAGGACAGCAGGGAAGCAGGUUCUGGCUCUGACCCACACGGAACCACGUCAUUCUAUGGUGUCCCUACUCAGGUGUCCACGAGCACCAGCACAGAUGACCCCCCAGAGGAGCCUGCUUCACCCUCAGAGACAUCAGAGUCCCAGACAGACAGCCCGGCCAUCAGCUAGACCUGAGCAGAGCUGGCCUCUGUCUCUGGGAUGUACACUUGCAACCAUCGAGCACCACCACUGACUUUCUCACCAACACCACCUUCUGCUCCACCAGGGGGUCUCUGUCUCUCUGUGCCCACUGUCUCCGUUGCCCUUCUAUCUUUGCAUGGCGUAGCAACAGUGUCCAGAAUAUCCACCACAACCAAUAUGAUUUGCUGCCUCAACCUCCUGUCCUGCAUAAUAAGUGAGCUGCUGUUGGCAGGAAGAGACCUGACAGUUCAAGGGUUCAUAUGCAGGCGUAGUGAGGAGUGGAACACUAUGGAUCGGGGAGGGGCAUGCAUUUUAAGCUGGUAGUGUAUUUCUGAUGAAAUGAUGUGUUGUGUUCUGUUUCAACAUUCACAGUAUGAAUAAGCUCUUUAAACAUGUAUAUCCAUAUAUAGCUCUAUAAAAAGAAAGAAAAGUCUUUGUUUAAAACUCUAUGGCUGUGUUAUAAAUGGAACAGGAAAGACAACAAGAACAGGAUUAUGUUUACACUGUCCAGGUCAUGUUGUUGAGCUUUGUCUUAAAUGCAACAAGGAAAACGUUGGAAGAAAAGGAAAAGGAGAAAAUGGCCUCAAAUGGUUACACGGUGUCAGAUCUUGCUUCAGGUAUUUCACAAUCGGAGUCUAUACUCAGGUAAUUUGGAAUGUAUGUCCAUAAAAAGCAGAACAGAUUCCCUGACAUUUAUUCCCUCACAUUUUCAUUCAUAUACGAAUCACUCUUUUCUGUUCAGUGACUAGACCUGAGCUCAUGGCUGCAAAUAGUGAAGGCUGUUGUGACCUCUGCUAUGUGUUGUUGUGGAUGUACUGGUGGGGUUGAGCUUGCCUGUUAUUUAAGCUUAAUGAUAAUGUGAUUGGCUGAUGGUGGAGCAAAAGCAAUGAGAAUGCAGUAACACUACAUGAAAGUAUGAGGAAAAUGUUCAAAUGCAACCUGUCUUUGAGGAAAUAAAACUGGCACUGGAUUGGCAGAUGGACCGCUGCUGAAAGGGUAAUUGCGGUUUCCACUCAAAAUAUUGUGAGCAGCAUAAACUUGUUUUUAUUUAUAACCCAGAUGCAUUACCACAACUUUUUUUUAAAGUUUAGUUUUCCACAUUUUAGAAUAUAUUCAGUCAUGCCUGGAGGUUUGACACAGCAAGCUUGCUGUUAAGUGACAGACCUCACUACUCCAUAGGACACAGAGAUGAUAAAAAGCUGGAUAAAACCAGGAGAGAAUGAUUAUUGGACUUGUGUUUGUCAGAUCAAGACAGAGAGAACUUUAAAUAGUGGACCACAUCUACUGAAUGUCUAAAUAGGGAAUUCAGAGCUCUGGAGAUGUUCCAGUUGUCAGCCGCCACAUGGAGGCAGUGUUAAAUGUAUGGAGCUAUAUCUCUUAAUGAUUAUGGGUUGCUGAUUGCUUCACUUCCAAAAGACGUCAGCCCUUUUCAGGCAUGAGCUAUGUGACCUUACUGUUUUUAUCGCUCUGUAGAAGUGACAGCAGCAUUCUUUUGGAUCGCUACAGUGACUCCCAAAACCUGGAAAGUAGUUUUUCCUCUGAGUGAGCUCUGUAGUAUCUUCAUUUAUAGUUCAAUCCAAGCUUUCAAACAAGCAGCAACUGACCUAUGCAUAGCACUGUUUUCCAGAAGCAGCAUGCUUUUGGCGUGUUGAUGGACUGCAGGUAAGCAUGUUUCCACGGGGUCUGCAUUGUUCUAAUUCUGACAAUCUUUCCAAGUGUAGGUCAAGAGCUACAAAACAUGCCAGUGACAGGCAGCUUUUGCCCUUAACAAGUAAGGUGUUUUGUUGCCCCCAGGUGGCCAAAAUUAAGAAAAAAGCGUAAAUAAAUAUAUAAAUCCAGGUAAAUUGUGACUGACAGAUCAAAGUCUGAUUUUCACUAUUCAUGACGCCUGGUCUGGGAUGACACAGUUCUUGUGCAAGUUGAAAAUGAAUAUUUGUACAACCUUUCCCUCCACUCUGCACUCUGGUAAGCUUCGAAACUUAUUGUUCUAAUGAAAUCCAUUCCAUGAGAUAUGAGCAUGAGAGGUGAUUGAUUCCUAAAUUAUGUUUGAUCUUUGUUUCUGUACUCAGACCUUUGGUUGCAGCUACAAGAGCGCCUUCUGCUGUAUGAUGCAUAGAGAAAGCAUUACACUGGCCGGCCACGUUUUCACUGUUAUUAUUAUUAUUAUGGGAUGCUGUAGGCACCCUGAUGCUACCACCAAACUACAGUACCAUAGCAUUUCAUGUUUUCUGUGCAAUGUUACAAACAGACAUGAACAUGGCCAAGUGUAAAUAACCAGUGCAUUUUCAUCUUACUCAUUUCUUUGGAUAACUGGUAUAUUUGUUGAAUCCCUGUAUUGACACUCCUUUUGUAUAUACGUUAUUUUGUAUAUACAAGGCUUUUAAGGAGGUUCAAUGUCGUGGUUUCUAAAGACAUUUCAGCACCUUACCAAGAAUUUUAGCUUUCCCAAUGUUCCACAUAUACUUGGCAUUGGUAACCUAGAUGUGUGCAAUAAUAGGAAAAAAAUUUAAAAAGAAAAGGUGUUGUCUUUUCGUUCUUUGACACAAAUGUCUCAUCUCACAUUCCUUUGGUUUUGAGCAUGAAGGCUGAAUCAGCAAGAAGUUUGUUGUUAAAGCCAUCAACUGAUACAAAACCAGCAAUGACCAGAGCACACCACUGGCAGGUCAGAGUGUUCAUCAGCUCCUCUUUGUGUAACCAGUAGUGUCAAAGUUCAUGCACAAUGGCAAUAAAGGAAAAAAAAAAUCUGGA